AACAGACCAUCACCAGACUACUACUCGAUUCCCCCCUAACCUUCUCCCUAUAUAAACACAAUACGGCGGUCUCUGAUUAUCUCUUGGCUCGCGUUGCAGCUUGUGAACCUCCCCCCCUCCUCCGCUCCUCCAAACGCUUCCAAGUCAUAACCAGUCUCUCCUUCCAUCUCUUCCUUCGCUCCAUUUCUAUCUCUAUCAUAUAACCUUUCUCUUUCUCGCUGAUGGCUGCAGCGACCCAAGCAAGCCUUCUGCUUCACAAACAGUUGAAAGAUCUUUGUAAAAACCCGGUCGAUGGCUUCUCCGCCGGUUUGGUAGAUGACAGUAAUAUAUUCGAAUGGAGCGUCACCAUUAUCGGGCCUCCUGAUACUCUUUAUGAUGGGGGUUAUUUCAAUGCCAUUAUGAGUUUUCCAUCCAAUUAUCCAAACAGCCCUCCAACGGUUAGGUUUGUUUCUGAGAUGUGGCAUCCAAAUGUUUAUCCUGAUGGGCGUGUUUGCAUCUCAAUCCUUCAUGCUCCUGGGGAGGACCCCAAUGGUUAUGAGCUUGCAAGUGAGCGCUGGACACCUGUCCAUACGGUUGAGAGCAUAGUCUUGAGUAUAAUUUCCAUGUUGUCAAGUCCAAAUGAUGAAUCUCCUGCAAACAUUGAAGCUGCAAAAGAAUGGAGAGACAGAAGGGACGAGUUCAAGAAGAAAGUAAGUCGAAUCGUGAGACGGUCUCAAGAAAUGCUAUGAUCUUCCAUCUCCAACGGUUCAAAGCCCAGUAACUUGUCUGAUCUGUGCCUUAUAAUUGUUAUUUUAUCGAGUCGGGGAACUGGUUGAUCAUCUGGUAAUUAUGUCUGGUCUAUGUAGAAUUUCCAUGAAGUUCUUCCAGCCGUCUCUUUAUUACCUUUCCCUACUUUCCCGUCCCCCCCUUUCUGUUCGAGUGACUUGCUAUGGCACAUGUAACUUGGUCAAUUGUCUGAAAUCUGAAUGGCUGUAUUGAAACGGGUUUGGUCAAUUGUCUGAAAUCUGAAUGGCUGGCUGUCCGCAUGAGUUAGUAGUUGUUUGGUUUCUCAAAUUGGUACUGGUUCUUUUCUUUUUC